GGCGGUAGGUCAACACUUCAAGUUAAGUGUUAUUAGCUAAGUUUAAAUUGCGAUUUUGAAACAGGCAUGAAUUCGUUGAGAUAUGUGCGAGCACCUUCAACGAAUCAUGAUCAAUUUAUCUCUAGUAAAACGUAAAUAUUUAGUCCAACACUUGUUUGAUUUAGAACCACCAUCUUUGUCGUAUAUUGUUUGUAUUAAAGGUCACGAAUUGCGUUGACGGCCCAUUUUGGACAAAAGCCGGGUAUAGUUUGAAAUUCAUUCGAUCCUUUACUGUGUUUUAUUUCAUCUAACUUUUAAUAGGCUUUAUUGCAAAUAUUGGGUUAAAUAGAAAAAAAAAACUGACAAGCAAUGGAAAUGGAGACCGUGUUAGGCUUAAUUACAAUUGGUAAUGUUACCACAAUAUUGCUGGCGGUGGUGACUGUGUACAUAACGCGAUGUAUUUCUAAAAUGAUAUUUUUUCCGCCUGGCUUUCCACCUGGUGAACGGGGUCUGCCUUUUCUUGGGGUCCUGCCAUAUCUUGGCGAACACCCACAUAACGUAUUGAAAGAAUGGAGUUACAAACAUGGCGACAUUAUGGCGAUAAAAUUGGGAACAACCAAUGCGGUGAUCGUUUCUUCUCAAAGUACUUUAAACGAGGUGUUCGUCAAAAGAGCAUCAGCGAUUUCGGAUAGGUUUACCAACGAGUUCUUUACCCAAAUACUUCUGCAUCGGGGUAUAUUUAACUCGGCAUAUACCGAAAGAUUGAAAAUACAGCGCAAGUUUGUGCACCAAGCUCUACAUAGAAAUCUGAUUAACAAUAAAACACCAGAGGAAAGAAUAAACGAAGAGAUUCAAUACUUUAUACGGGAGAUACAUUCUCAAGAUGGAAAACCUUUUCAUGCUCAUCACAUGCUCUUAUCUUCGGUUACCAACGUAAUCUGCAGCAUUGUUCUUGGGAAAAGGUUCGAAUACAACGACAAGUGGUUUACCAAGAUUAUGAGCUGUAUAGUCGAGAGUUUGGCGCAUUCUGGGCCAAGUUUUCUUCUUCCGAUAUCCAUAUACCCAUGGUUGAUACAUUUCCCACCCUUCCGCCGAAUUAACGUCAGGUUCCGUAAGAGCUUCGCCACAUUUGCAGAGUUAAUUCAACAAGACAUUGACGAACAUAAAUCCUCAUUUGAUGAAAACAACCUCCGGGAUCUGAUCGAUGCAUUUCUCUUCGAAAUGAAGAAAGAAGGUCAUCACUCAUCUUUUGAUGAACUACAGUUAUGUGUGAUAGUACGUGAACUUCUUCUAGCAGGGAAUGAAACCACUGGUUCUCAAAUAGCUUGGCUGCUACUUGCCCUAAUGCACUUUCCUAAAUGGCAAGAUCGCAUACACCGAGAAAUUGUCGACAAUAUCGGUGAGAACGGAGUUUUAAAACUUGACGAUCGUAAAAAGCUUCCUUGCACUUGCGCAUUUAUCCAAGAGACGUUGCGGCUUCACUCUAUCGGUUCUCUGAAUGCACCUCAUAAAGUAUCACGUGACACCGAGGUGAAGGGGUACAAAAUACCAGCUGGCACAAUGGUCAUGAGCAAUGUCUUUGCUAUUCACACGGACCCAAAAGUAUGGACGGAUCCUGAAACAUUCGAUCCAUCAAGACACCUCAAUGAAGUAGGAAGUUUUAUCAAUUCCAGCAAGAUGUCACCUUUUUCACUUGGACCACGACAAUGUAUUGGAAAAACAAUUGCAGAAAACAAAAUGUUUCUUUACUUUGGAAACAUCUGCCAAAAAUUUCGAAUUGUUUCCGAAACACCAACUCCAAUUACUCUGCAUGAGGGCCAAAGUGGAUUUGUGUUUUCCCCGAAAGAACAUAAAGUGAUUGCAAUAGCUUACUCGUCAAAGUAAAUGCCACUGCUAUACUCAACAGCUAUAUAUACAGCUUACAGAAUAUACUCUGCAUACAUUUCUAUCGUACCAAUCGCCAUACGCUGUGUCAUAUUCGCUUAUACGCAAUACAAAAUGUGCUGUAUAUAAAUUCGCGUCAGGGUUGUUUUGUUGAAAGAAAUUUUAAUUUCCAGGGGUCAAGGUAGAAAGUGCUGUGUUGUAAGAAACGCAUUGUAUUCCUAGAAUUUGUAACAGGAGAUAAGAGUUCACUAUAAUACUCGGAAGUGCGUAAUGACAUAUAUGCGAUUUGGGUGUUAACUCGGUAGUUUGAACAUCGUUCCAUGGAAACCAUAAACAUUUAGCGUCUGUGUUAAAUUCCAUAAGAAUUGCUCAGAAAUCAAACCAGCAUUAAAUAAUGAAUAAAAAAGUUAUGCUCUAACUUCAUUAAGUAAACACCUCGAAAAUGUUCGGCUCCACGGAAUCAUAAAGUUUGCAUCAAGUUUGAAUGGUAUGUAUUAUUUGCAC